AAAAUAUUCAAUAUGGCUGUUGAUCAUAGGACGUGCGCUGUCAGCUGUAAUAUUUUUUUAUUUCUUUGUAUUUAUUACGCCUAAAAAUGUUGUGAUCACUAUAAAUACGUGAAUAUGGGUGUGAGAGAUUCAAAACCGAGUUUUAUUUCUUACGACGAUGCGGCGAAGCGAGUGUCUGAUAGUGAGUUGAGGCGUAUACGUGAGGCGUUUAAGCGAUGUGCCGGGGCGAACGGGUCGGCCUUGAGUCUGGAAGCUUUCGUCCACGAAGUGUUGUGUGAUGGAGUCCCGCACGAGGUAUCAGAGUGGCUGUAUCAAGCUUGUGGUGGAACCAAACGAGGCAUUACGUUUAAAGACUUGCUCUGCGGUGUCGUGGUGCUUACCAAAGGCAAUAUCGAGGAGAAAAUAAAAUUCCUCUGGACAUUAUAUGUCAACAAUCAAAAUGAUAACAGCACAUACAUUUAUAAGAGAGAUUUUGCAAGAGCCUUACACUUGGAGAACACAUCCUUACAUAUCACAGAAGCCCACCGAACGAUUGAAAUAUUAACAAGCUUAUUUGGGAGUGGGGAAAAGGUCACAUUUGACCAGUUCCGGUCUUGGCUGCUCAUACAUAAAGGUGCUACAGUGCUAUCCAAGUGGCUGCUCUGUGAUAAAGGCAAUGUUGCACAGGAUUUGGAGACCCCUACCUUCUAUCAGAGCCUAGCUGGUGUCACACACUUAGAAGAAAGAGAUAUAAUAGAGCUAGAGAAAUGUUUUUGGUCCCUUCGCAACGCGGCGCCAACUGGGGAGCUGGAUGCUACCAGCAUGCGUGGUCUCCUGUCCCCACCCCUACCUCGAGCUGCCUUCGAGGGUACCUUCCUCGCUUUUGAUGAGAACAGAGACGGCCAUAUUGACUUCAAGGAACUCUGUUGUGGUCUUAGUGCAGCCUGCAGGGGACCCACUACUGAGAGACUAAAAUUUUGCUUCAAAAUAUUCGAUUUGGAUAGAGAUGGGAUCCUCAAUAAGAAAGAGCUCAUCGAUAUGGUGGGGAUACUCUGCACAGUUGCCAACGAAGCUCUCAAGAAUCAAGGUUCUAGAAGUUCCACGCCUUCUGAUGGCGAGUCUGAAGGCGAGAAGUGUUUCGAUCCUGAGGUCAUACUACUGAACUUGAGAGAUAAGCUUAUCACUGUACCCAACGAAGGGAGGAAACCUGUGUUUCGAUUGGGAUCUACUAACGAAGAUAUCGUCAUAUUAAGUGAGCAGAUACCAGAGGCGCCGAAAGAAGACGAAGGCAUAAUUGGUUCAGAGAUGGCAUUGCGUUUAGAAGAAUUCCUGAUAUGGAGUGUAGAAGUGGCAGAGGCAUUGGUUUCACCCUUCCUUGAGCUUUUGUUUGAUGUGUGCCACGUGGUGCUGGGGUUGAGACCGCAGUGCAGGCAUCGGGAGAGGGAUAUUGUGCUGGGUUGGGUGCGACGUGAGACGUGUCGCGGUCUAGCGGUGGGUCAGUUCUGGUACCUGGUGUCGGCGGAGUGGUGGAGCGCCUGGCUGCUGUACGCGUCGGCGCCGCCGCACUCGUGCUGCCGGGCCACGAGACCGCACCUAGACGACGCGGUGGUCUGCGACGACAGCUUCACCACUAACUCCACCGAAUCGAUGGGCUCGCUACUGUGGCGGGCCGAGAGCACGUCGCUGGGCAGCGCGGGGGGCAGCAGCGGCGUGAGCAGCGGCAUCGGGCGGGGGCCCCCACACCCGGGGGCCGUGGACAACGCGCGCCUGCUGGCCCCCGGCGCCGCCCCCGCGCGCACGCUCACCGGCGAGGGGGGCCACUUGAGGAGGGACAUCACGCUAGCGCAGCACAGGGACUUCGAGUUGGUGCCCGACGCGUUGUGGCGGGCCUUGGCGCUGUGGUACGGCGCCCCCGACCCGCUGCCCAGACAGGUUAUAAGGCCACCAAACUCGGACGUGGAAUUAGAACUGUAUCCACUGCAGCUGAAGAUUUUGAGACACGUCCCGAGCCCGCAAAACGUUGUUGCAGGAACAACGUCACUGAGUGCAAUAGGCGCCAUGGGCGGAGCGGGCGUGGGCAGCGUGGGCGGGGCUUUGUGCGCGCCGUCGCCGCCGGAGAGACAACUGGCCUACACCGCUGCCUUCUCCAGGCUCGCCACUGUCAAACAGGUGACAGAAUUCCUAUGCGGAGCGUUGGGUUUAGCCCGCGAGGAUGUCCGUUUAUGGGCGCUCGGAAACACCGCAGGCAGCGGUUGUGGUAGCGCCGCCCUGCUGCUGGACGACGAGCGGCCGACACUACAAGCGCUGCGGCUCGACGAGCGGACUAGGCUGCUGCUGGAAGUGAGGAAUCCGGACCUGACUUGGCCGGAGGAGAUCGGCGCUUUGGGCGCGAGUACCGGGGCGGGAAGUGGCCGCUGGGCGGAGCGUCGUGAGACUUUGACGGUGUCACAGAUGGCCGGCGCCACCGGCCUGCACAACCUCGGCAACACUUGCUAUAUGAACGCCGCCCUGCAGAGCGUAUGGAACACUGGCCCACUGACACAGUAUUUCAACUCGGGAAUGCACAUGUAUGAAGUGAACACCAGUAACCCGCUGGGGACCAAAGGAGUUUUAGCGGUGCGCUAUGGCGAACUGUGUAAAGAGGUGUGGUCGUGCAGCGCGCGGUCGGUGGCGCCGCUGCGCGUGCGCUGGUGCGUGUCGCGGCACGCGCGCGCGCUGGCGGGCGGCGGGCAGCACGACGCGCAGGAGCUGCUGGCCUGGCUGCUGGACGCGCUGCACGAGGACCUCAACCGCGCCGCGCCGCCGCCUCGCGCGCCGCUGCCCUCCGCGGCCGACUCGGACAGCCGCCCGGACCAGGUGGUGGCAGCAGAGGCGUGGGCAGCGUACGCGGCGCGCAACGACUCCAUAAUGACGGAGCUGUUCUACGGCCAGCUCAAGUCCAAGGUGCGCUGCUGCUCGUGCGGCGGCGAGUCCGUGCGCUUCGACACCUUCAACAUGCUCAGCCUGCCGCUGCCCAUGGAGUCAUACGUGCGCGCCACCGUUAGAGUGAUCCUGUUGGAUGGGUCAGUGCCAGUGAAGUACGGUGUGAGGAUCAACUCUGAGGGCACGUACUUGGACUUGAAGAGGAAUCUAUCGGAGUUGUGCGGCUUAUCACCAGAGUUGAUGCUGCUCGUUCUGUUGUCGGGGGCCACCAUUGGUCGAGUACUAGAGGACGGUGCGAAGGUGUCCGCAAACACUGCGCAAGAGUUGUUCGCGUACGAGCUGCCCGCGCCCGACACCGACUCCAGCGACGGCGAAGACUCGCUGCCUACCUUGGAUUACACAAACGAACUAGAAGAGACUGACUCGGGCGUGACGGAGGGCUCGGCAGACGGCACUGCGUCCAGCUCGGCCGAGUACUCUGCGGAGGGCGAGGCGCGCGCGGCCGGCGAGGUGAGUGUGGCGCGCGCCGCCUCCUCCUCGCUCUGCAUGCCUGCACUCUUCUGCUUUAAGCGGUCGCGCUCGGAAAUUCUUAUGUCCCAGAGUCCCCCAAGCACAAUGUAUGGAGAACGGCACACGUUGCCGCGGGGCACGCGGGUGAACCACUCCCCUACACCCAGCGUGCGGUCUUUGAACGUUCGCAACGCCCCGCGCUUCUCAAGCGUCAAGUUUGCGUCGUCGCCCGCACAUAUGUACCGAAUGAACCACUUCAGCGAUUCCACGUACGACAACGCGCACUACCUGGUCGCUGUUCACAGGAAACAAGUGGCGGGCGAGGCGUACCUGGUGCCGUGGCAGCGCGCGCGGCUCGCACUGUUCGGCGUGCCGCUGGUGGUGCGCGCGGCGCCGGGCGCGUCCGGCCGCGAGCUGUACGCGCGCGUGUGGACGCACGUCGCGCGCCUGCUGUCUGCGCGCCCCGCCACACGGGCCAACCACGCGGCCGACUGCGACGACAGCCUCGGCUACGAGUUCCCGUUCACGCUGCGCGUGGUGGGCGGCGACGGGCUGUGGUGCGCGCUGUGCGCCUGGCCCGCGCUGUGCCGCGGCUGCGCGCUGCCCACCGACGACGCGCCGCUCGUCGCUUGCAAUGGCACGGUACGAGCGAGGCGGCGCUCGGCGGGCGCGCGGCCCGACCUGCCCGACACCAACUCGCCGAUAGCGAAGGCCAAGCUGUUCCGACAGACCAGCGCCCGCCUCACGGACGCUGAGAACGAAAGUCGCGUCGGCGGCGGCGAGAUCCGACGGCUGGACAUCAACGCGUUGCGUAAUGUACGCGGACGCGUGAUGCUCGCCAUCGACUGGGACCCUACGGCGCUGCAUCUGCGCUACCAGUCCACAAGGGAAAAGGCGUGGAUAGAGCACGGCUCGGUGGGCGAGUGCGAGGCGGCGGCGUCGCGGCCCAUCGACCUGGCGAGCUGCCUGCGCGCCUUCACCUCCGAGGAGAGCCUGGAGCAGCGCUACCACUGCGCCGCGUGCCGCAGCGCGCAGCCCGCCACCAAGAAGCUGCAGAUAUGGAGGCUGCCGCCCAUCAUCAUAAUCCACCUCAAACGUUUCCAAUAUGUGAACAACAAGUGGAUAAAAUCCCACAAAGUAGUCAACUUCCCGUUCCAAGACUUCGAUCCAACGCCGUUCCUCGCGUCCGUGCCACAAGAGACCAUCCUCAGGCAUACUGAACUGAAGAACAUGUCAAAAAGACGGUCGUCCAUGUUCGUCGAUGUCGACGACCACAUAUCGGAGAGCGAUACGGAGAACUCCGAUGAUGAUGCGCUUAAAUCCAACGAUGCAACAUCGGCGGAUUCGUCGAAGAGGAAAAACAAAUAUGAGAAGAAGAAACGGGAGUCGGUGGAGGUGAAAGGCAGGCAGCGGCUCGAGUCGACCAGUUUGACGGCGACGCCGGUGCUCGAUGACAAUCUGGUGGAUUACCACCAACAUCAUUUGAAGCCUGAACAGGAUACUUUCGAUCUGAAGUACAGAUUGUAUGCUGUUGUGUCGCACUCUGGUCAACUAAGCGGGGGUCACUACGUGGCGUACGCUCGCAACCCCACAGGCGCCUGGCUCUGCUACAACGACAGCUCGUGCCGGGAGCUGCCCGCGCGGCCCCAGCCCCCGCUCGACCCCGCGGCCGCCUACCUGCUGUUCUACGAGCGCAAGGGGCUGCGCUACGACGCGUACCUGCCCGACACGCGGGGUCGAGCGCCCCCCGCGCCGCCCGACCUGCUCGACCCCGACGACGCGGACUUGGGGAAGAUGUGCGUCAUCUCUUAAACUGCGUCCAGACAGGGCUAGUUCGUAUCGACUAUACGCGUUGAUUAAUGUUACUUUUUUUUUUUAAUUUUGGGGUCCGAUUUAUUACGAAUUUUUUAUGCAAUAAUUUUUAAGCCACCUCUCUCUCUCUUUCUCUCUAUCUUUACAAAGUUGUUGAAAAAAUAACUAGUUGAGUUUAUUACUUGAGCAUAAUGGAUACACCCAGGGUUGAGCUGUUCAAUUUUAUAUUUAUAAAAUAUUCUGACUUGCAGUCUGUACCUUAGAAAUCCAUAUUAUAAAAAAAUGGGAUUUUCACAAUAUGGGUUUCUAAGCCGCCUCCUUCUCUAUCUUUACAAACUCGUGUGUAUUUACUUGAAUUAAAUAUUUAAUAAAAGCAACUCUACUGUAAGAGUUGAAAAAAUCAUCACUAAAAUAUUUUAAAUAGAGUUGAGAAAGUACGACCUGACUUAAAGUAACAAUUUUUUUAAAUAAAUAUAUUAACGCGUCUAGUUCGCGCGUAUUGCAUGCGAAUUUCGUCCUUCUGGAUAAGGUUUCAGUGCGCGGAAUUAACUAUUGUCGUAUGAACACUCAAAUGACUAAAUAACGUUUAGAAGUGCCAGUGACAUCUUUGAUUGAAGUGAAUUGGAAGAAGAAAUGUUGCUGUGUUGCUAAUCAAACAUAGUAUUUUCGAAUUUGUUACAAUUGUGUUGCCAGCGUGAAACAGAACAAGUAUUUAUCGUGUCUUAUAUUAUCGCAAAAACAGUGACGUAAUCUAGGCUGUCAUCAUUCCGCCCUCUGGGACAGGCUCAAAAAGGCUAGAACUCAGAGCUGUAAAGUUCAUGAAAAAUAAUGCGCCCUCUGGAUAUAAAAAAGUUACAUUUUAAAAUAUUAAAUGCAUUUAAUCAGGUUGUUCGUGUAUCAUAACAUAAAGCUAGCUGUGUACACUUUCAAGUUAACAAAAGAUAUGUUUCGCCAAACUUAUAGUCUGCUCUGAACACGAGGCAUUUGGCUGUGCAAUGUACUAAAUCAUAAUAUUUAAGAUCUUUACCGCAAUCUCUUUUACUCGGUUAGGCCUAUUACGAUCCUUCGCUUGGUACCUCGGACCUAUUAUAGAAGGACCUGUAUCGCACUCAUAGUCACGAACAAAAUUGUCUGUCAUUUUCUGAGGAAAACGAGCUUAGAUUUGGUAUAUAUCUUAUACUAAACUAGAGGUUUUUGCCCGUUUUUUACACAAUUCAAUUACACAAAAAGGUAUUUUUACGGAGCUCUUUAACCGACGAACACGAUUACAACUAUUUAACAUUGAUACUAUAGAGAAAGUUUUUAUAAUCGCAUUAGAUCGUUGAUCAUAUACUUUGACAGAAAAGUAACGUCUAGCGAGGCAGGUCCUAUACAAUAAUUGGUCUGAGCUUAGUACGAACGAUUUUUGGGCGGUAAAUCCAAAAAUUGUUCGUACUCGACUAAAAUACUAAAGUAGUCUGUACGGCCUAUUAGAGAUAGACAGAGAUAGAAGACAAGAUGGCGACAUUUGAUUAGUUUUUGAUUUUGUCCACGCGCAAACUUAUCGUGCUUUACUGAGUGAGGCUAAUAUACCUGCGCAGUUCGCCGUGUUGCUGUCAGUAAUACGGUUUUUUAUGAUGCUUUUAUAUAUCUCAUAACGUUUAUUUAAAAACGAAUUAUUUAUUUAUUCAAUGUAUACAGGUUGCUCCAAAUUCAUAAAAUAAUAGUUCUAUAUGUAUUUCAUAUAAUUUAUAUAGUUUUUUAGAUUUUUAAACAUACGUUGUUAACUUGAGAAUGUACACUAAAACAUCAAAAUACUCACAACCUUGCUUGUCACCCAUCUACCUAGACGCAAAAAUAUGUAUUUUCGAUGUGUUCUCAUUAGAACAGCAUCAUGGUUAAACUCAUAUUCAUUAGUCAUUUGUACACUCUGUUAUAUACAGUGGCGUGGAUUUCAUAGCAAAUAUAUAGCAAAAUAGGCAAAGAUGCCACUGCCUACCCUAAGGACUUAUUAUGUGUAUGUAGGAGGAAUUUUCUAUUUUGAAUAAUCUGUAUGUAUAGUGCCUGCCCUUGUCAAACACCGAGUGCACGCCACUGGUUGUAAAUUAAGUGCCAGGAUAGUGCCAUGUCUCCAUUUCCACCUUCAAGUCAUUUUGUACCUCAAAUGGUACAUUAUGCCUGCUUUAUGUAAAUGUCUCAAAAAUGUAUAUAAUAUAUAACUUAUUUACUCAAUUUUAAUCUGCAUAGUGUUAUUAUGUUCAUAAUACAUCUACUAUAUAUGCCGACUCAAAACUGAUAUUAUUAUUAUUCUAUAAAUAAUCAUUAAAAUACUAAUUUCAUUUGUGUUGAAACAAAUUCACUUCUUAAAUAAAUUGAACAAGUUUCGAACAUUAUUGAUAUUUUGUAUUAAAAAAGAAACAGAAAUAUUUAGAAAAAAAUCAAUUCAUUUAAAGAAAUGGUUCUAAUGUUCUUAAUCAUUUUUAUAAUAAGGCCUAAAUAAUAAUGGUAAAAUAAUAUUCUCUAAAAUUUUAAUUGUAAAUAAAAUCUCCUUGCCUUAUAAAUUUCCAGAAAAAUAUACUUUUAUUUAAACUUAUGAAAAUAACUUAUGAAUCCUUAUGAAAAUAAACUAACUAAUAUAAAGAUGUUUUCUUUUUGAGAAUUUUUCUAGAAUUUAUUUGGAUUUCUUUAAAUUUGUGAUAAAUAUCCCUUCACUCAAUCUUUGUUUAAUUCAUAUUUUAUCAUAUAAUAUUAUCAAUCAACGGGCAUUUUUGUUUUAAAAUCAAAAGUAAAAUUUUAAUUACUUCUAACAGUUUUGAGGAAUUUAUUGUUUUAUUUCAUAACUAUUUAAUAUUUGGCGUAACUUCUAAAUAUAAAUAUGAAUUUAUAUAACAUUGCCACUUAUACAAAUGUUAGUUAUUUUAAAACCCUUAAAAAUAGUACUGUCUUUUUAACAAAGGAAAAAGAUAGAGUAAAUUAAUAAUUUACACGAAUUAGCAACGUUUUGUCAGAUUUUUUUAGUUAUUUACGGAGACUGAUGUGAUAGAAUAAUAUAAAAUGUGAUGUAUGACAUUAACUCAAAUUUUAUUUAAAUAUUUAAGUAAGUGAUAUAAAAGUUAUUAAUUUUAAUUUUGAUGCCCCAGAAUAAAUAUUUGUUGGCAGCAAUGCUACCAUAUUUUCAAAAAUGUGCUUUUACUAUGUGAGAAAUUUGAUUGGGUACAUUAUUUUUUUUAUAGGCACUAAACCCGUUGAGGAAGAAUUACUUUUUCCGUCAAAUUUUUUUAAAGCAUCCAUAUAACUAUUCUGAAUGCACAAAAUAAUUAAAUUUUCGAAAAUAUACACUAGUUUUGCUGCUGACUAAUGAACAAAUAGGUAACAAGGCAUCUAUAGAACUUAUGUUAUCAUUAUUUUUAUUACCUAUGACAUAGCCAAUAUUAUGCUUUUUGAGUUUAGUAGUAAGAUGGAGUUCGUUGCAGUGUUCUGCAUAGACUUGCUCAUCUCAGCAUGUUAUUCAUAUUUUAUGUCGUGGGUUGUAAAAAAAAAUAUUUCACUUAAGUAUUUUACUAAAUAUGUAUUUAGUAUUUACCUAAGUGGAUGCUUAAUUUUUAUAAUACGUUAUUUUUGUGUAAUAUAUUAUUAUUUAAUUAUAUUGUAGUAAUACCGUUUUAAAAUAUUCACAUUCAAUAAAUGAGAAGAAAGCGGAAGUCGAAAGUGAUCUUUUAUAUUGAUUAGAAUUAUUUUAUAACUAUUUGGGCUUACAAAAUGCAUAUGAUUUCUUUAGCAUAAGCCUGUUGUUAUAAAAACAACUAAUAUGGAAUUUUCAGCAAUACCAUGUUUUUUAAAAAUUACUGAAAUAUUUAAAAACAAACCAUUCUCGUUUAAGUUUAUAUUUCAUUGUAAACCCUCAUUAAAAAAACAUAUUGUAAUAAUGCUGUCUAUUCAAAUUAAUAGUGUAACUCUACAAUAUUUUUCAUACAAAAUAUGCAUUUUAAGUUAACAAUAUUAUCAAGUAUCCAUAUUCUAUCUAAAAUUAAUGAUUAUAAUUUUACUGUUAUAAACUUCAAUAGUUUAAGUUAAUUACCCUGUGCAAUAAAUAUUAUUAUUUUAUA